GUGGUGUAGAGGGAGGGAGAGAGAAAAGGGAGGAGAGAGUGAAGGAGAGAAUGAAGCGAUGAAGCAAAGGAAGUUGUGUGCAGAGAUAAUUGAGAGGAAUUGAGUCAUGAGAAAUUUCGGUGGGAAAAAUGGUCGGCCCGCACGUGAUCCCUGCAAUUUCUUCCUCAAUUUCUUCUGCUCAGGCAUCAACUUUGGUUGCUCCAUGUCCAAACUGCUCUCCGAACUGCAGUGCUCUCUAAACUGGCCUCUCAUCUGGACAUAUUCCUGCUGCACAACUACAUCAACAUCCGUUGCAUUCUAAUAUGGAUGCUUUGCGUUUACCCGUUCGAUUAAAAAGGCCUUUUUGCGCUGCAUUGCCUAAAUCCCGGGCGGUUCACUUACAUAGGAAUGGAAGUACCACCCUCCCUUUCGGUGAAACCGUUCGAUCAGUGUCGACAUCAACUUCCGAGCUUCAAACCUCCAUUGGGACUCCUCUUGUCCCCUAUCGCAAUGAGGAAGGUGGUUAUACCCUUCCCAGAGAGGCUCGAGUGAGGAUCGUGCCCGCUUCUCCCUCCUACUUCACCGGACGACCCAACUUCACCGACCACCUCCUCUCCCUCCAAGACCUUCUCCGCAGAAACGAGCUGCUUCCCACCGUACCACCUGGACAAGCGCCGCGAACCGCAUGGAGAACGUUGACCGAGUACAAGGAAGGCGUUUCAGAACCCGUCAAAUCGGCAGGGUACACCAAGAUCCUCUCCAUCCUCAACCGGCUGAACCAUAUCAAUCCAUCCCUGAUGCCAUCCGAGGUGCGCGAGGUGAUCGAGACAUACAAGCGGAAAGUAUCGCCCUUCGACAAUGUCCCCAACCCGCACGCCCUGGACUCCUGGGGACGAGGACUGGGCGUUGGCAGGAGGAAGACCGCAUCAGCAAGAGCGUGGGUUGUGGAAGGUGAGGGCGAAGUCAUCGUCAAUGGAAAAUCAUUGUCAGAGAUGUUCGGGCGCAUACAUGAUCGAGAAAGCGCGGUGUUCGCGCUCAAGGCGACGGAAAGACUCGACCGGUACAAUAUCUGGGCACUCGUCAAAGGCGGAGGGACGACGGGACAGGCAGAGGCAUUGACGUUGGCGGUUGCGAAGGCACUGUUGAUACACGAGCCGGGUUUAAAGCCUGCGUUAAGAAGAGCCGGUGUUAUAACACGCGAUGCACGCAAAGUGGAAAGGAAGAAGCCUGGUAAACUGAAGGCUCGGAAAAUGCCCGCCUGGGUCAAGCGAUAAUCAGAUACCCCGAAUGCGGAUUCAAUCUCCCUUCCGCUACUUGUUUACCAGUUCUGCGUGUUCUGCAUCAACAUAUCUGCUUGCCAGCCUCGACGCGUCGAUUAAGUAAACUACCACGGAAUCCAACAUAUCUUCGCACGGUUUCGCCGUGAGCCGAAGCGUCGCUGUGUCUGAAUAAUUCCGGAUCUACUGAUGCAGACUCCGUUUGAGUACGGGGGAACUAGAACGAGCCUUGGAAGCUUCUUGUUAAUAUCAAUAUAUAUUGAUAUUUCAUGGCAUCUGAUUGGCUCAACAGUUUAAUCAACGUCAUAUAUUUUCCCGCCAAUGUGGGCCUCUAUCACCAUUCUCAAACGUUUCCUUUCACGAUCCACCACAGCACCGAUGAUAUUCGCUGAUGGUC